GGCGCUGAGUGACAGCGGUACCGCGGUGGAGUUCUCCCUCGGAGCGGGGCUGGCGGCGAUGAUGGAGUCGGUGCGGGCGCAGCGGCUGCAGCCCGGCGUGGGGACGCUGCGUUCCCUGCGGCCCGGCGUUACCGGGGCCCCCGCCGCCGCCUCAGCCCCUCCGCCUCCACCCGGCCCUCCUCCCGCCGCGGUGGCGGCGGCUGCACCUCUGCCCGCCGCUCCGCCCCCGACCGGGCUGGGGUUUGGGUUGGGGUUGGGGCUGCCACCGCCGCCCCCCCCUCUGGGGCUGCAGGGACCCGCCGCGCCGCCUCCGCCCGGUGCCGGGCCGCCCGCCGUGCUGCGGGAGGCAGUAGAGGCGGUGGUGAGGAGCUUCGCCAAGCACACGCAGGGCUACGGCCGCGUGAACGUCGUGGAGGCCCUUCAGGAAUUCUGGCAGAUGAAGCAGUCGCGUGGAGCCGAUCUGAAAAACGGAGCGCUUGUGGUGUACGAGAUGGUCCCUUCCAACAGCCCCCCUUACGUCUGCUAUGUCACCUUGCCGGGAGGGAGCUGCUUUGGCAGUUUCCAGUUCUGUCCAACCAAGGCUGAAGCCCGAAGGAGUGCUGCAAAAAUUGCGCUAAUGAACUCGGUCUUUAAUGAGCAUCCCUCCCGGAGGAUCACAGAUGAGUUCAUUGAGAAAAGCGUUUCGGAGGCCCUGGCAUCUUUCAACGGCAAUCGAGAGGAAGCUGAUAAUCCCAACACCGGGAUCGGCGCUUUUCGCUUCAUGCUGGAAUCCAACAAGGGAAAAUCAAUGCUGGAGUUCCAGGAGCUGAUGACCGUCUUCCAGCUGUUGCACUGGAACGGCAGCCUCAAAGCCAUGCGGGAGAGGCAGUGCUCGCGGCAGGAGGUCCUGGCUCACUACUCCCACCGCGCUCUGGACGAUGACAUAAGGAACCAGAUGGCCAUGGACUGGGUGAACAGGGAGCAGAGUAGCCCAGGGGCUCUUUCCAGAGAGCUGGCUUCGACCGAGAGAGAGCUGGAUGAAGCGCGCCUGGCCGGGAAAGAGCUGCGUUUCCAUAAGGAGAAGAAAGAUAUCCUGAUGCUGGCGGCUGGCCAGCUGGGGAGCGUGCACUCCUCCAACUGCUAGACUCUCGCGUGCAAGUCGUUCUGUUCCAUUCCCGCCCCCCCCCCCCCCCCAGGCCUACUAACACCUCCGCUGACGGGAUCCGUCCCGCGUCACGUAAAGCAUGUCAUGCCUCUUCCAGAAUUGUGGCCCGUUUGCACAUUUUAAAGAUUUUUUUUUUUUUUUAAAGAGGGAAAAAAAAAAAAGCUCCUGUACAGAUUUUUAAUACUUGCUUCUAGACCUAUUCCUCAGCCUCCUGGCUGCUAGAGAAUUCCUUCUGUCACUAUUUUUAUUUUUUUUUUAAAGACAGUAUUAAAACCGCAGCCUUUCGGUAUUAGCACCGAAGACCUCUGCUGUCCGUGGGUACUAUGUAGUCGGCAGUAUUCCCCGCGGUGUAGCGUUUCUUCCAGAAACUUCUGUUCUUUGGGGCUGGUGCGUGUCAUGCAGACCCGCUUUAUUUUAUUAUUUUUUCUCUUUUUCUGCUUUUAUAGUAGAAGGAGGUCUAUCAAUCAAAACUCCUCCUUGAUAAGCACACUAAUUAAAAAAAAAAUCCAACGAAACAAACCAGCCAACACAUUCUCUUUAACACCACAACGCAAGCUGCGUGGGGGAAUACUCCCAAGCGCUUAAAAGGGAUUAUUAAAAAACUGGGAUUUUGUUUUGGCCAGGCUUAAGCCUACAGAAUUCCAGUUCCAAGCUCAGGCAAGAUUAGCAGAUGUCCCUGCAGCUCUCGGGUGGCUGUAUCUGCUCCUGCUCUGCCUUUUUGUUCCCGGGGCGGGACGUUGUUUAUUCCCCAAGUAAAUAACACACCUAACGACAAACUACGAGGCUCCUGCUCCGCAGCUUUUUAAUCCUUUUUGGGUUCUUAGAGCGUUAAGCCCAGUCUGGCAGGGUGGAGAUGCCCAAAUCCUGUCCCAAGCCUCUGCAGCCCGGCAGCGGUACGAAGCGCUCGGUUUAUUUUGCUGGAAAUGGAGCGUUAGUGGGUUUUGGGGAUGAGGAUUUUCUUUUUUUUUUUUUUUUUUUAAUUUUUAUUUUUUAAAUCCUGCGAGAAAUGAGAGAUGGACAUGCUGUUCUCUCCAGAGCAGCUUCCAAACCAAAUGUCAGACUUGGCCUUUUCAAGGAAGGUUUAAAAACCUUUGCCAGAGUUUCAGAACUCGCUAGCAAUAAGAGAGGAAACCGCUCGGCCUCUCUCCCCAAAGAGCCUUGCGAAUACGAGUCUUUGUUAAUUAGAACUGUGCUUAAUCCUUUGUUAAUUAGAACUUAAUGCUCUAAACCAGAGCGCAGGCCCAGCCCCAAGCAGCUAAAGCUCAGACUAGGGUUUAGCCUCGACUCCGCUUUGUUUCUCUCGGUGAAAUGAAGGGGUCUGCCUAAUUCCAGCGCCCAGCCCUGCGCUGGAUAAAACGAAGGGGUGGGGUUGGGGGCUCCAUGUCCCCCCCACUGGUGGGUGUUGGGGGCUCCAUGUCCCCUCACCAGCGGGUUUUGGGGUGUCUGUAUCCCCCCUCACCCCCCCGGAGCUUAUUCCCUUCUGUGUAAUACAAAACAUUACCGCAACAGAAAUCCCUACAUGCACUAAUUUUUUUUUUUUUUUUUUAAUUACUAGUUCCCUAUUUCUAUACGUAUCAGCACUAAAUCUAGAUGAUUCUGAGAUUUUAAAUAAUGCCCUUUCUGCCGUUAAAGCGUUCCUGCAGCUCAAGGUCACGGUCAAGACUCGUUCGAGGCGAUUCCCGUCUCCGUUCCUACUUUUCCAAUCCGGAAGAACUGACAGCGUUUCAGGCGGGAAUAGAAAUUGAAGACAAACUUAAUAAUUUCUUUCUUCAAGGCAGCUUUUGAGCUUUCUCCGGUUCUUUUUCCCACCCCUUUUCUCUGCAGGAGAAUAUUCAAGCAAUAAUCUUCAUUUGGAGAUGGAGAUUAAAAAAAAAAAAAAAAUUGCAUUAUCUGUAGCUAUUCUAGUUUUGUAUUCUCCUAACAAGCCUAUUUUGGGGUUUUUUUAUAUAUAUUUUUUAUAUGCAGCCUCUUUACACAACACUAUUCAUGUUUAACGCGUUUAUAAAUGUGAUUGUGGAGUUACGUGGUGGUUUGUUGUUGUUUGUUUUUGGGUUUUUUUACAGACUGGCAAUAAUUAAACCUUGUAUUUGGA